AUGUAUAUUGUUAAUUUUGCACUCGAUACGUGUAGCUGAAUACGAUAACUGUCAUAAGUUAUUAUUCCUGUUUCCGUAUCUUAUAAAAAACCUUCGGGACAAGAGAUUUUGGUGAUACUCGCAGAGAUAAUAUUAUAUAAAAUUAUGGAUUUACUGGGAUCUAUUUUGAAUUCAAUGGACAAACCUCCAACGAUCAGUGAUAAGCAAAAGGCAGCAAUAAAAAAACAAAAAGAGGUGUAUCAGAAGUAUCAAAAGGUAGAAGCUGAAAAGUUAAAAGUUUUUCGAGAAAAGGUUGAAGGAAAAAUUAAUAAGUUUCUUCAGGAUGAUGUUGCAAAAGAGUAUAAAUUCCCUCCAAUGGAUCAAAUCCAUAGAAGUAUAAUACAUGAUGUUGCUGAAGUGGCAAAUGUAUGGGCAUACUCUUUUGGUGAAGAAGGCGUUGAUCGAUAUAUUAUGAUUUUUAAGAGAGAGUAUGCUCCAUCAGAAGAUCAAUUAAAUGUGUUACGUAGAGGGGAAGAAUGGAACGAAGAAAUAGCAAAGAGGCUAGUCGAAGAAAGGGAAAGACAAGCCAAAGAAGAAUUAGAAACUGCAAAAUCUAGAAAACGAAAAGAUAAUUUUGUACCAAAUAGUUAUUACAAGGAUAAGUAUCAGCACUUAAUAGGAAAAGAAGCUGCUCUAGAAGCAGCUAAGAAAACAGAAGCUAAUAGUAGUUAUGGCUGUGUUCCCAGUGAAAAUAAAAAGGAUCAAAGAAGUAUAGAGCAGACAUUGGCGGAUAUACGAGCAAAGAAAAGGAAAUUGGAUGGAACUACUGAUGCGUCGAAUUGUCCAGAUAAAAGUACAAAAUAGCGAGGCACGUUAUAAUAUUUAAUAAGCAUUCAAUAUUGUUUUUAAUUCUAGAUUAUAAAUAUUUUUCGUUAGACAUGUGACUAUGUACAAGAUAUGUCGAGCAUUAUUAUAAAGCUGUUCAUAUUCUUUUGGUUGUAGCAGUUUUCAUUUGUUCGACAUUAGUAUUAUUUGUGUACCUGCGAUAGAAAUGGAAAGGAAAUAUUACUUUCCCAAUUCAGUAUAUGUAUUGAUUAAAAAAAAGAUAAAAUUGACUUAUAUGUACAAUAUAAUACAUCCGUCAUAUUAGACGGAUUGAAACGUUCUA